CCGUCUUGAGAACAAGAACACCCUGAGAAGUGAGAACUGCAGGAAUUUGCAUAAUAAAUGCCUACACUCAAAGAAAAACACACCUCAAUAGACUGACAAAGCCACAGAAGACUCAAGUGCUUACAGUUUUUUGGUAUAAGUAAGCCCUUGGUUUAUAAAGCCUUGAAGGUUAGCAGUGCACCAUGCAGAAUGCUGAGGGAAAAGGUACCUCACUUCAGACAACUCAAAGAACAAUGGGAUCACCUAGUGAUGAUCAAAAGCUGAAGACUUGCAAGCCUGUUGAUUAUGCUAAGACUAAAAAUAACCUUGCCGCACAGCUCUCUUCUGUCCGUAAGCAGAGCUACAGGAAAGGGUUUCCAAAGGAGGCAAGGGUCUGUCCAGUUCGCACCACAGCUGAUGAAAAGCUGAGAACAAAGAUUUAUGUGGAGAAAAGAAUGGCUCGAUUGAGGAAGGAGACGUUCCCAAAUAUGAAGGUUUUUGAGCACGGAAUGAACCAACGUGGCCCGAGGAAGCUGCCAAAGGGGACGACAUGCGUACCACUACCGCGGCCAGAAAACACUGCUCACACACCGGUGUCGCCGCCAAAGAGCACUACAAGCGUACCAGUGUCGCUGCGAGAGAGGGCUGCUGGUGCACCAGUAUCGCUGCUGGAGAAUGCCUUACUCUCACCACGACCGCUGUCGGAGAACGCUCCCCGUGAGCCAGUGUCCGGGAACACCGCGCGCGUACCACCACCGCUGUCGAAACACGGCUCUGGCGCACCGGUCACUGCAGCUGUACACAAGCCAGCCAAUCUUUUCCACAGUGUCAACACUUACGGCGAGCUUCUGCGCGUUAAAAAGGUUUUGAACCGCGGUCAUUUAUUAGCUGAAACGGUGGUCAAACGUCUCAAGGUACUUGAGGGGCUGAAGGCUGCUGAAGCCGCAACACCAAACACUGCUAAUGAAGCGAAGAAUGGUACGUCAAAUGAAGGGACAGUCGGAUGUAGCGACCGAACCUGUGUCACCGAAGGACCGAAGGAUGACUCCUGUGCUAAGGACGCCAAUGAGCUGCUGGUGCUACGUUCCGAGGAUGUAGUACCGGAACUCGGCGACCUGCCAACGAUGAACCAGCUACUCACUCUGCCCUCCACUCUCACGGAGGCAACUCGCAUGAUUUUCGAUCUGCGCAGAGACAUGCUGAAGCUACGUAACGCCCUACUAAGGCGAGCUCUUGAAAAGACGGAGGGGGAGAUCCAGAUGCGCACUAAAAAAACUCGCCCGGACAAGCAGCAGCGUCUCAUAAAGCAGCUUGUUAAGUUGUUCAGUGGAGCACAGCUGGCUUUCUGGCGUGACAACGGCAAGUCGGUGCCCUGGGGUCUCGAGGACUAUCUUCACGCCAUAUCGCUGCGCAAGCUAUGCAGUCACAACACGUACCAGUAUGUGACGGGCACUCUGAAGCUACCACUGCCGUCGAUGUUCUCUGUGAGGAGUAUGGCGGCCUGUGGUCUGCUGCCGGAGGUCUCAGAACGCUACCAGGAACUGGCGGAGAUCAAGCACCUGAACUUUGACCGGCGUAGGUCUCGCAAGAAACGUGCUCAGUCCCCCGAGGGUUUGGCGGACGGCACCAUCGCGCAGCCAGAGAGCACUGACACGAACAGGCCGGUGGCUAGGGCGAGACGCGGUGGUGGCAGUGGCGGGAUCAGUAGAUCGCCCAUCAAACGCGCACGAACUGAGGACUUAAUCGAGCCGGAGGCACCGCCAGCGAUCCUGCGUCGUCCCUGCUGGGGCGACCUCAAUCAGCGGGUGACUGUCGAUCAGUUCGCAAGUGACGCCGAGCAGCGAUCGGACUCGUCCGGAAACGAGAGUUACGUCACGAUGACCUCGCCGCUCCGGAACAGAGUCCGAGGCCGCGGGAGGGGACGUGGAGGCAGGGGACGUCGCCAGCGAGGCGCAAGGUCAUCCCCGGACCCCAGCUGGACAAGGGGGAAGCGAGGGCCGUGGGAAGGCGGUCAGCACGCGGUCCAUGGAGACGUAAGCUAUUCUUCGGAUGAGGAGUGGAGUCGGACGGAUGUAGAGGACUUCUCGCCACCUGGAGCCUCGCGGCACCAUGAGACCAACAGAGAGCGCUACUUUCCGGGUGCCUGGUCGCCGCGAGAGCACUGGACGGUGUCGCGACGAUCUCCGGAGCCGGGGAGUGGGCAGUCGGCGUCGCUUCGUAAGUCGAAAUCCAAACUCGGCAAAGACAAGUUGCAAAAGAAACACGGGAAAGACAAGCCGAAGAAGAAGCACGUGAAAGAAAAGUCAGAAAAGAAGCGCGCCAAAGAGAAGUCGAAACACAAACACGUCAGAUAAGCAGGCGAUCGACUUCUCGGAAGAGAUUGGUCGGUGACUUUUGAAGUUGGAAUCUCGCUCCAUCUUUUGUAUUGCUCGUUUAUUCCUGUUGAGUGCAACUUGAUAUGGGUGCUGCUGUUGCUGCCGAUAUAAAGUGUUUGCCAUCACCUUAA